AUGUCCUGGAGAGGACAUCUGCUCUACGGGCCUCCUUACUGGCUGAUCCUGCUCUACGGUCCUCCUUACUGGCUGAUCCUGCUCUACGGGCCUCCUUACUGGCUGAUCCUGCUCUACGGGCCUCCUUACUGGCUGAUCCUGCUCUACGGGCCUCCUUACUGGCUGAUCCUGCUCUACGGGCCUCCUUACUGGCUGAUCCUGCUCUACGGGCCUCCUUACUGGCUGAUCCUGCUCUACGGGCCUCCUUACUGGCUGAUCCUGCUCUACGGGCCUACUUACUGGCUGAUCCUGCUCUACGGGCCUCCUUACUGGCUGAUCCUGCUCUACGGGCCUACUUACUGGCUGAUCCUGCUCUACGGGCCUCCUUACUGGCUGAUCCUGCUCUACGGGCCUACUUACUGGCUGAUCCUGCUCUACGGGCCUCCUUACUGGCUGAUCCUGCUCUACGGGCCUCCUUACUGGCAGAUCCUGCUCUACGGGCCUCCUUACUGGCUGAUCCUGCUCUACGGGCCUACUUACUGGCUGAUCCUGCUCUACGGGCCUCCUUACUGGCUGAUCCUGCUCUACGGGCCUCCUUACUGGCUGAUCCUGCUCUACGGGCCUCCUUACUGGCUGAUCCUGCUCUACGGGCCUCCUUACUGGCAGAUCCUGCUCUACGGGCCUCCUUACUGGCUGAUCCUGCUCUACGGGCCUCCUUACUGGCUGAUCCUGCUCUACGGGCCUCCUUACUGGCAGAUCCUGCUCUACGGGCCUCCUUACUGGCUGAUCCUGCUCUACGGGCCUCCUUACUGGCUGAUCCUGCUCUACGGGCCUCCUUACUGGCAGAUCCUGCUCUACGGGCCUCCUUACUGGCUGAUCCUGCUCUACGGGCCUUCUUACUGGCAGAUCCUGCUCUACGGGCCUCCUUACUGGCUGAUCCUGCUCUACGGGCCUCCUUACUGGCUGAUCCUGCUCUACGGGCCUCCUUACUGGCAGAUCCUGCUCUACGGGCCUCCUUACUGGCUGAUCCUGCUCUACGGGCCUCCUUACUGGCUGAUCCUGCUCUACGGGCCUCCUUACUGGCUGAUCCUGCUCUACGGGCCUCCUUACUGGCAGAUCCUACUGCUUUAG